UUAUACCCGGAAUUGCAAAUAUCGCACCAUGUCUUCCAAAGACGCCCCCGAACCCUCCGAUGAAAUCACCGGCCAGAGCGCUCUUCCCAUCUCCCGGAUAAAAAAAAUUAUUCAACUGGACGACGAUAUCGUACAAUGUUCAACCAACGCUACAUUUGUGAUCUCCGUGGCCACGGAAAUGUUCAUCCAAUACCUCGCAGAGCAAGGGCAUAACGUCGUCAAAUCCGAACGGAAACCACGAAAGACCAUACAAUACAAGGACUUGGCUACGGCAGUUUCCCGGAUAGACAACCUCGAAUUCCUCUCCGACGUGAUCCCCAAGACCACCACUUAUAAGCAAUUCAAGGAAAAGAAGGCGAAGGAGGGCCCCGUGAAAUCCGGCGGAAUCGAAAAGGGACAGCGCACACUGAACGGAACCAAGUCGUCGAAGUCGAAAUCGUUGAAACCAAAGGUUAAUGGGGAUUCAAUAGACCAGGAUCGACCGUCGACGGAGGAGCCAUUGCGGAGUUCCGGGGCACCGAUUACUCUGGUCGUGGAUCGGACAGUCGAGGGGGGAUCCAAGGAGCAGGACCGUGACGUGGAAAUGACCGACCAAUGAAAGAUAAUAGUAUCCGGGUAUUGCAUGGAGUUUGGUGUUGGGUAUCUUCGUUUGAUUGUUCUGGUUUGGUAGUUUUGUGCGAUGAUUGUCAUGACUGCAUUGGUUCGCUGGACUGUCAGAUUCUGCCGGUAGAUUUCAAUCAAGAACAUCCCAAUAAAAGAGAAGAAUAAGGCAUUGUGUAC